AACCGUCGUCACCGUUCCCGUCUUUUCGACACCCGACCAAGACACAGCCCCCCGCGGCUGACGAUUCGUUAGCUUCCCAGCACACACGCCUUUUUGGUUGAAGCACAAAGAAGGGACACCGGGCCAGUCCCACGACAGUCAUAUCACAACGACCAACCCUUGUCCUGCUGGCAGGCAAGCAAGAUACUGUAUCACUUUGGGAUACAAGAGCUGGGAAUAUCCACGACAUUACAUUACAGCAUCUCGAGAACCGCAUCAUAUUACACCAUCAUCAUCAUCACGCACAUGGCCGCCAGACAGCACGUGGAAGCGAGGUCGCUCUCGACACUCAACUCCCUCGCCGCCAACCCCCCACAAUACCCUCACAGCGCCGAUGUCAAGGAGUCCUUGAUCUUGUACAUAUCACGAGUCCCCGGUAGUCGAGAUGUCAUCCUCUCCCCCUUCCGUCCGCAGCGAAAGAACGUGACGAUAGAAGACAUUAACAAUGCUCUCUACCUGAUACACCUUGACCUGCCCACGGACGAACUACUGGUCGAAAACACCCGCCCAAACGAGACAUCCACUUCCGCAUCGCCUCGAACUAGUGGUGAGAGCGCGAGGAGUGUGAUUCCCCGGAAACCGUUACCGCCUAGUGCCCGCGUCGAGCUUCCCACUCCGAGACAACCGUCUGCAAACGUGCCUGCGACUCAUAACAAGAACAAUGUGCCCAACAAUACCGGGCCGGUACCGACCAGGUCGCCGUCGGUCAGACGUACAGGUUCUGUAAGACGCCCACAAGGCCUGGGUUCGGAGAGAGUUGAGCGGGCUGUACCUGCUCAGGAGCCUGUUGCCGGGAACGAUGGAUACAAACCGAACCCCAUGUUCCAGCCCAGUCUGGUUUCCGAACAGCCUCCCAGACAAACGCCUCAGCUCCCUCCCCCGGCCGAGAAUCUAGCAGCGAUGCGCCGUCCCUUUGGCCCACGGCCACAGACCUCUUUGACGAUUCCCGAGGAGCCGGCUGUCAGCCCUGGGACGACCCCAACGAGCAACCGACCCAUCUCACCGACCGAUCAAGCACUUUACCCUCCUACUUCCAACGUCCCCCGGCCCGGCGAUGGCAUCCUCUCCCCUCCUACCGUCACCCGUGCUCGCGCCUCCAGCAACUCGAAACUAGCGGCAACAAUUCCUUUCACGCUCACACUCAUCCGGCGGGAUCCUUCGACCAACCUCCAGUGGAACGUGGGCAAGAUCUCUUCGUUUGAGACAAACAUUCCUACUCCCGAGUCUGCCCAUCCGGAUCUCGGUGAGCUACACGAUGCGUCAACCCCCGAACCACCGCCGCCGAUUGCGACGCAGUUGAUUGACAUCCAUUUGGAGACAUCCGGGUAUGCAAAGUACAAGGGAAUGCUCAGCCGUGCAAACAUUGAGGCUUUGCGGCCGACUUCCCCUCAGUCCUUUGCCCGGACGCUGCAAGGCUUAGGGACGAGUUCGGGGAGUACAAGUGGGAAUGGAAAUCAGGGUGAUCGAAGAUCAAGUGGAAGCCCGCAAAAGCAGAUCAUGGGUGUAACGCACAUGGAAAUGGAAGAAGGAUUCCAUCGCCAGGUGGUCAUGGCCUACACCAAAUCCUGGACCUCGGGCCUCAAAGGCGCUUUCAGACGACACUCCCGCUCGGCCAGUACUGCCUCGGCUACCGCUGGCGACCUCCCGGGACACGCCCGCCAUGGCAGUUCCUCAACCAUUGGCUCAGCCGAUCUUUCGCCUAACGAACACCAAAAGCCCCAGUCUCCCCCGCCCAGUCACAACCGCCAGGAUUCCAUGGGCGGUGGCCAACUCAUAACCCAACCAGGCCCCAACCUCCGCCCCAAAGGCUACGUCUUCCUCUCCCCCUGGCUAGGCCGCUGUGAAUUCCGCACCGGCUCCACUGGCCGCUCCUUGAAGUGUCGACACAUUCUCGACGAGCACACCGGCGGAAUUAACCAGCUCUCGCAAAUUGACCCCGCCAAGCUCGCCCAAUCCGUCCGCGACGCGCCCACUAUCGGUCAAUCCCGCGGCGACAGUUUCAGCUCCGCCAUCACGGGCGCCAAGCCCGUUUCCGAACUCCGCUUCAACUUACCCUCCGAACCCCGUUCGCCUGGCGCCGGCACCGGCACGGAGAACUGCCCGCCGGGUCACACUGCCGGAUCGAAGCGCCAUUUUCGCUUCUCCAAGUUCUUAGGUCUGGAACCUCCUAGCUCGGAAGACGAGUAUUUCGACGAUGAGGAUCUUUUUGAUCCGAAUGCAUUGGGCAGGGAAGAUGCGGGUGGAGGAUGUAGAGGCAAGAGAGCGAAGCUGGGGAAGCUGAUUAUUCAUGAUGAGGGACUGAAGAUGCUGGAUUUGGUGGUGGCGGCUAAUAUGGGGGUCUGGUGGAAUACGUGGGAGAAGAGGUUUUAGGAGACCGGGACCAGGGAACAC